UCCUUGUAUGGGAGUGGACGAGCCUUUCGCAGGACUCCUAUGCGGAUCAAGGACGUAGGGGUAGCGGCGGGCAUGUAGGGGACAGGGAGUAUAUAACACCCAUAGGUGCUGCCUGACCAUCAGUGUCCAUCUACACAGUCCACCAUGAGAUCUGUUGCUAUCUUCGCCGUUGUGGCCAUCGCCUUUCACCUGAGUCUGGCCGCCCCGGCCGACCUGAGCUCCGAGGAAGACAUCCCCAUCCUGAAGGAUGAGCGCGAAAUGGACGAAGACGGAAGGUUCAACUUUGAGAUCGAGACUGGCAACGGCAUCCGCGUGUCACAGGGCGGCUCUCCUGACGGCGAGGACGGCGCCGUGAGCCACGCCGGAGAGUACUCCUACACGGCCCCUGACGGCACCCUGGUCGUUGUGAAGUUCGUCGCCAACGAGAACGGCUACCAGCCCGAGUCUGACCUGCUGCCCGUGGCCCCCGAGUUCCCCCACCCCAUCCCGCAGUUCGUGCUGGACCAGAUCGCCUUCGCCGCCAAGGAGGACGCGGAAAGGGACUCCGAGGAGGAGGAUUGAAACAAACAAUCAGAAUAUAGUCAACUUCGAAUUUAAGCCGGAUGCCCUAUUUAUUGUAUUUAUUGUAUCAGACUUCUGAAACUUGAAUUAAAGAUGAUGAUAAUAAA